AUGAAGAUCUGUAUUGAUAGAAUUUUUGAUUAUGCAUCAUCAAUAAGAAGAAAAAGAAGAAAACAAAUACAGUAUGACGUCAUCGGCGAUCUACCAGACGGUGUCCUGAUCUCCAUCCUCACGCGCCUCCCCGUCAAGGAAGCUGUCCGGACCAGCGUCUUGUCCAAACGGUGGUCGACCCUCUACAAAUUCGUGGCCGACCUCGACCUCCGCUGCCACCACCUCGUCCUCCGCCGUCAUCAUCCUCCCGCUCGUCGUUCCAGAUUCGAGAUUAUCCUCUAUAUUGUCCAAGCACUUCUACAAAUUUAUUACAACAUAGAUAUCAGCUUCUUAAUCCCUCGUAGUUCUUGUAAAUUCUCCACCCGCAUCUUCGACGUAUCCUCAAAGUAUUUCAAAUCCCGCGGUUGUUCUAAAAUCCGUAGUGUCGUUCUCUCUUGUUGUCUGUGCGAAUCAUACUGGAGAUCAUACAAGGGAGGGUUCCGUGAAUUGGUCAAGUACCUAGCAGACACAGCCCGAGUUCAGAAACUCGUUUAUCAAUGUUGUUGCAGCGGUUGUGAGAUUUCUUACCUCCACUUUCUUCCCUUGAUGCCCGGCUUGAGGUGCUUGGAGUUUCACUCGUCAGUCUCGACUGCGCAUUCGCCCAGCUCGUAUACUAAUAACUCCCUACGGAGUCUGAGGUUGAGUAAAGUUACUCUACGCGACGGUGCACUAGACGUAAUCUUGUCCGGUUGUUCGGGCCUCUGCUCGUUGAGGUUAAAUUGCUGUGAGUUUCCUAGUUCUACUAGGUUGCGUAUUUGUGGGCCCAACCUUCGACUAGAGCAUCUCAACAUAGAUGAGUGCAUUGGGGUGCAGCAGAUCAAGCUGUGUGCCAGCAAUCUUGUUACUUUUGAGUUCCAGAGCCGUAAAGUGCCAGUUGAGCUCAUAUUCGAACAUGAUGUGCGGUCGAACAGAGGUGAAAACACUAAAAAAUAG